UUAUCUAUCGUGGUGAUAACUCAGACAUAUACCGGGCCGCCAGAACAUCGGGAAUCGUUGACGCUUGAGCCAAGCAUCGGUGGACAUGUCAGCCAACUCAGCCGCAUCAAUCAUACGGUCCCUGUACAUUCAUCUCUCCCUCGAAGCCCGCAUCAGCGUUGAACCUCUGAUCGCCCGUUUUCAACCCGUACAAUCUACGUCUUGACCGCAAGACUAUCCUCCAUCUGUCUCUCCGAACUCUCAAUUGUCUGAGAAAAUAUAGCUCCCGCAGAAUCCUUGCUACACUAAUAGUCUAAUACACUUAUACACACAUACACAUAUAUAUAUAUACACAUAAUUUUAUAUAUUGAUGGAUCGGCGACGGACGGGAAGUCCGGUGUAUUCGAGGCAGUGGAGCGGGGGAUCGAGUAGUACGGGUUCGUCUUCGCCGGUGAUGUCGCCUGCACAUCCGAGUUCACGGCUGGGGCCGGCGACGAAUGCCUUCUCUACUUUGAAGCGCACGCAGAACGUGGCAGCAAAGGCUGCCGCGCAGCGCCUGGCUCAGGUCAUGGCGUCGCAGACCUCAAAUGACGAUGACGAGGAAGACGAUUUAAAGUUUCGAUUCAGCGUCCCUACACCUCCUGCUCCCUCUACUUAUUCCAGUACUGUUAAGAAUGGUAGCACUAAUAGUACCACACCUACGCUUUUGUUCACUCGGCCAAAUAGAUCUCCCUCUCCCGCGUUAGGUCGGAACUUUGUAGAGCAUGCUCCUUCGGUUCGCUCCACAUCGGCUGGAAGGUUGUCCAUGUCUGUUCGGUCCACGAAUCUGGUGCCACCCAGCAAAUCUUCAAUUAAAACUCCAAGUUCUAUACCGCCCAUUGAACCUCCUAGUAACGGCAAUAGAUAUAAGAGGUUUACAUCAGAUGUGAGGCAGCAUAACUUAAAGGAUGCUGGAGACCAGCGUGAAGCGUCUGGUAUUCGUGAUGAACUUGAUAUGCUACAAGAAGAGAACGAAAAUAUACUUGACAAGCUUCGCCAUGCAGAAGAAAGACGCGAGGAAGCAGAGGCCAGAGCUAGGGAGCUUGAGAAACAGGUUGCUUCUCUUGGAGAAGGUGUAUCCUUAGAGGCUAAAUUGUUAAGCAGGAAGGAAGCUGCAUUGCGUCAGAGGGAGGAUGCUCUUAGAGCUGCCCAACAUUCAAAUGAUGGGAGACAAGAGGAAACUGCUGCUCUUCGUUCUGAACUUGAGAACUGGAAAGAUGAGGCGGCUACAGCUGUGGAACAGCUACGAGAAGCAGAAUCUGAAACAAAAUCCCUUCGCACAAUGACGCAGAGAAUGAUUCUGACUAAGGAAGAAAUGGAGGAAGUUGUCCUGAAGAGAUGUUGGCUUGCUCGGUACUGGAGUUUAGCUGUACAGCAUGGCAUUUGUGCAGAUAUAGCUAUCUCAAAGCAUGAGCAUUGGUCUGCUCUAGCUCCUCUUCCCUUUGAAGUUGUCAUCUCUGCAGGGCAAAAGGCUAAAGAGGAGUCAUGGGAUAGAGGUGGUGGUGAUCCAGAUAGAAGUAAACUUGCCCGAGAUUUGAAUGAUCUGACUGGAGAAGGAAAUAUCGAGAGCAUGCUCUCCGUUGAAAUGGGCCUGAGAGAAUUAGCAUCGUUAAAGGUUGAGGAUGCUGUGGUGCUUGCAUUGGCUCAACACAGACGACCAAGUUUUGUUCGACAAUCCUUUUUAGAUUCCAAGUCAACUGGUGAACCCAAGUUUCUGGAGGCACAUGAAUUAAGUGAAGAGGAGGCAGAAGAUGUUCUAUUCAAAGAGGCUUGGCUGACAUAUUUCUGGAGAAGAGCCAAAGUGCGUGGCGUGGAAGAGGAUAUUGCAGAAGAGAGGCUCCAGUUUUGGAUUAGCCGCAGUGGGCAAUCACCAAGUUCGCAUGAUGCUGUGGAUGUUGAACGAGGAUUAAUGGAGCUGAGAAAGUUGGGAAUAGAGCAGCAACUAUGGGAAGUAUCUCGCCGAGAAAUCGAUCAGCCCCCUUCGAACCUUGAUUGCCAACCACAGACCUCCCACUGAUUCAGACGUCUCCACUUGAUAGACGCGGGGGCCUUGAUUUCCUGCCACCUUUUUUUUUUUCCAAGUCGCUCGCUCUUUAUAUUCUUGUAUCCUUGUAAUUUGCUUGUGCCUAUUUUCCAUAUACAUUUUUGCCCUUAUACGACCUUUCUAUUGGUAGCCACGGCUUGCAUUA